CUCCCGCACGAGAAAGUGGAGGCAGCCUGAAGUUCACAGUUGCUUUUGUUCUCCUUCCCGUGCCUUGCGGUUUGUUCGGUCGAACAGUGCGUGUCAGUCCGGAGCGCGAGGAGCGCGCGUCCCGCCUCCACGAGCCGCCCGAGCCGCGCGUAAAAUGAGGAAACAACAGAAGUUUUAUGCUUUCGCUUACGUUUGUUCCAGGAGGCGUUAACUUCUAGAAUCACAUUGAGAAGUUUGACACGGAACCCGAUGCAUGGAUGGUGGAUUCCUGCUCGUUUUUCCAUUGAACAACUUUUAGGGACGUGACUGGCGCGGUUUGCGGAUCGAUUCCUGCAGCAAAGAAAAGAAUGAAACCAAGAUGCGGCAUCUGCUCCGUCUUCCUCCUGUGUUUUUGGAUCCUCUGCGUCGUGCUGGUGGUGAGAGUGAAGUACGUCGCAGAGGACUUCAUUCCGUCCCCGACCUCAGAAAACCACCUGCAACCAUCACUAUAUGACAAGUAUAACAUUAACUGCCAGGCUAUAUACGACUUGGACCCAGUGGAGGUGGAUAAGUCGAUGGUCAUCAGGCGGAAACUAGUUGUGGAGGAUCAAGAGGAAGCUCUGGUGAACCUCACCUUUAACUGCUCGUCAUUCAUCGAGUCCAGAGGUUACGAUGACGUGUGCGUCUCCGAGGAGGAGAGAGACUUUCCUCUGGCUUACUCUCUGGUUGUGCACAAAUCUGCCGUGAUGGUAGAGAGACUCAUCAAGGCGGUGUACACCCCCACAAACAUCUACUGCAUCCACUAUGACCAAAAGUCUCCGGCGCUGUUCAUCUCGGCCAUGGAGGGUCUGGCCCGCUGUUUGCCCAACGUCUUCAUCGCCUCCAAGCGAGAGGCCGUCUACUACGGAGGCAUCAGUCGACUGAAAGCCGAUCUCAACUGCCUGUCCGACCUCCUGGUGUCAGACGUCAAGUGGAAGUACGUCAUCAACCUCUGUGGCCAAGAUUUCCCCCUCCGGUCCAACAUCGAGCUGGUGUCGCAGCUGAGGGGGUUGAACGGAGCCAACAUGCUGGAGACGAGCCGACCCAGCGACACAAAGAGGCAACGCUUCACCUUUCACCACAAGCUGAAGCACGUCAAGUUUGAAUACAAGUGGAUGCCAGUGAAGACGUGGCGGAAGAAGAGCCCGCCGCCGCACGGCAUCGAGGUGUUCGCCGGCAACGCCUACUUCGUCCUGUCGCGGGACUUUGUCGCGCACGUGGACUCCUCGGCGGCGGUUAAAGACUUCCUGGCCUGGUCGGAGGACACCUACAGCCCGGACGAGCACUUCUGGGCCACGUUGGCCCGCCUGCCGGGCGUCCCCGGCGAGGUGGCCCGAGCGCGGCCCGACAUCACGGACCUGGAGAGCAGGACCCGGCUGGUGAAGUGGGAGUACCUGGAGGGCAGCUUGUACCCGCCCUGCUCGGGGAGACACGUCCGCAACGUCUGCAUCUACGGGGCGGCGGAGUUGCGUUGGCUGCUCAACUACGGCCACUGGUUCGCCAAUAAGUUUGACCUCCAGACGGACCCCGUUGUGGUCCAGUGCCUGGAGGAGAAGCUGGAGGAAAAGCGAAAGUUGUUCCAGUCCGUGGCCUCUCCGAACUGUCGCGAGGGUUAACUGAACCAGGGACAAUUCGGAUGGUCGGUUCCCUUUGGCAACUUUUAGGAGAAAAUGACUUCUAUUCCCUCAGUAAACAUGGUAAACAUGAGUUUGCGGUCUCAGUUUCUACUUUUAAGUUCAAGACUUAAUUCAGUAAAUUGUGGUUUACU